AAAUGCUUUUCCCUAUUCAACAAAACACGCAUCCUCAAUAAAAACCACCCACCCCUUCCUCCUCCACCAAGAAAACAAACCAAAUAUUAUCUCAUCUGCUCCCCAAAGGUCAAAACCCUAACCCUCAAAUUUCACUUCUCUACGCAUGGCCAGAACUUUCUGAUCCAAUCGAGUCGAUUCCUGUUUGUUAGCAGAUCUCUGUUCGUUUGAUUUGAACAAACAAUGUCUGCGAUUGUGUGCGGGAAGAGAUCGUUCUUCGAAGACCUACAAACCUCCCCAAAUUCUGCUUCUCCUCCGGCUUCCAAGAAAAUUCGCUGCUUUACUUCAACUUCUCCGGUUAGGUUUUCGUCGUUCGCUACUUCUCCGCCCUCGCCGUCGCUUGUUGAUAAGCUCCGAUCGGUUUUCCCUAAUAUGGACAAGAAGCUUCUGGAAGAAGCAUUAGAAAAGAGUGGAAAUGAUAUAGAUUCUGCCAUUAAGAGUCUCAACGAGCUCUCUCUGGGAUAUGUAAAUGGGGUUUCAGGUUCACCAGGACUGGCGAACACAAUAGUUGAUAAAGGCCUGGUUACUGCCAACGAAGAUGUUUCUUUGGAAAACUCACCGAGAAACGGCGCAGAAUGGGUUGAGUUGUUUGUGACAGAAAUGACAAGUGCCACCAGCAUUGAUGACGCUAGACUUCGUGCUAUGCGUGUACUUGAAAGUUUGGAGAAAUCCAUAACCGAACGUGCUGCUGGUGAUGCAGCAGAAACCCUUCAUAAGGAAAAUUUAGUUUUCAAGGAACAAAUUGAAGUUCUUCUGAGGGAGAAUGCAAUACUGAAGCGUGCGGUAGCCAUUCAACAUGAACGACAAAAGGAGUAUGAUGAGAGGAACAUAGAGGUGCAGCAGUUGAAACAGUUAUUAUCUCAAUAUCAAGAGCAAGUGAGGACACUUGAGGUGAAUAACUAUGCAUUGACAAUGCAUUUAAAGCAAGCUCAGGGAAACAACUCCAUUCCUGGACGAUUUCAUCCUGAUAUCUUCUAAUAAAGAGGUGAAGUUUGAGUUCGUUAUUGGUUAUAAUUUUUUCUUUGUUUUGUCCCAAGAGAUCUACAUUUGCCAGAUUAAUGGCAAGUAGAUUAUAUGUUUUAAACGUCAAUUAAUGGUUGGUUAAUUUAAUGUGUAAGACCUCAGUUUAAUAUUUGCAACUUUUGGUUCACCAAA